GAUAAACAAGUUCUUUUGUAAAACAAAAAAAAUACAAAAAAACAAAAGCUCCAACAUGGUCGUCCGCAUUCGUCUUGCUCGUCAUGGUCGCCGCAACCUUCCUUACUACCACAUCGUAGUUGCCAACUCGCGCUCGGCACGUAAUGCCAAGCCCCUCGAGAAAAUUGGCACCUACAACCCUUUGCCAGACGAUACCGGCAACAAACUUAUCAACCUUGACUUUGAACGUACAAAGUACUGGUUGACUGUCGGUGCCCAGCCCUCUGAAAUUGUAGAAAAGUUGUUGGUCAAGGCCAAACUUGUUCCUGAGGGACCUAAGCCUUGGGCAAAGGAAGCAGCAAAGGCAUUCUCAGCUGAACCCACCGUGUAAAUUAAUUUCAACAAAUAAGAAGAAAGAAGAAGAAGAAGAAGAGAAAAAAAAAGAGAUAGACCACUACCAUUACCAUUACCAUUGCCACCAAACCUACCAAACCAUAACGACGAUAACGACGACACUUACCAUAAGAACAACAUCCAGUAGCAGCAGUAGCAGCAACAGCAAAUAAUAUCAUUGGAAAUAAGGAAUUUUGGCAUACACCUUUUUUUUUCUUUUUCUUUUUUGCUUAAUUUCAUUUUGUGUUAUACUACGAGCUGUGGUUCGGUUAAUGCAUCCAAGC